UCAUUCUGGGAGAAUUAACUAGUAAAUUACAAUCCCUAGAUGUUGCUAUAAAUAAGAGUUUCAAGAGUAAGAUGGCUAGUACAAUUCAUCAAUUGACCCUAGCUGGAUGCCUUCGGAAGCCAUCAUAUGCUACUCUUGCACAAUGGAUAGAUGGGAUGGAGGAUGAUAUGGUCUUCGACUAUGAAUCAUUGAGUGAGAAUCUAACAGGUAAAAAUGAUGAGAAUUUCGAAGUAGUAAAUCUUGAUAAUAUUAAUGGCAAAGAAUAUGAAGAAGUACCAGUAGAA